CAGCCGCAGCUGCCAUUCGACCGUCUUUAUAAACCCACAUGCCGAUCCGGCCGUGACCAUCAUCGUCGUAGUUCACGCCUAGCUUCAGAUCACAGCCAGGAACAACGAGAACAAGAUUAGGUCGAAUUCGAAGCAAAAUGAGGCCGUCGAUCGUGCUGUUCGGGGACUCGAUCACGGAGGAAUCCUUCGGUGAGGGCGGCUGGGGGGCUUAUCUAGCCAACCACUACUCCCGCUCCGCCGACGUGAUCCUGCGCGGGUACAGCGGCUACAACACGCGCUGGGCGGCCCGCGUCCUGGCCCGCGCCGUGACCGGCAUCCCGAGCGCGUCCGUGGCCGCGGUCACCGUGCUCUUCGGCGCCAACGACGCGUCCCUCCCCACCCGCGCCAGCGCCUUCCAGUACGUGCCACUCGGCGAGUACAGGGAAAACCUCCGCGCCAUCUGCGCGCUUCUCCGGGACCGGUGGCCUGCCGCCGCUGUUAUCCUUGUCACGCCGCCACCGGUGGACGAGCGAGGCCGGCUCCGGUUCAUCGGCGGCGGCGGCGGGGACGGGUCCGGGCUUCCUGAGAGGACGAACCAGGCCACGGGGGAGUAUGCAAGGGCUUGUGUGCAAGUGGCUGUGGAGUGCGGGCUUAGGGUGAUUGAUAUCUGGUCCCGGAUGCAGAUGUUCCCCGGCUGGGAGACCUCAUUCCUCAGGGAUGGGCUGCACCUGACGCCGAGGGGGAACCGGCUGCUGUUCGAGGAGGUGGUGUGGGCGCUGGGAGACGCCAACCUCAGCCUCGAGGCGCUGCCGGCCGACCUGCCGCUCUGCAGCGACAUCGACCCCGACAACGCCGCCAAGUACUUCGAAGAGGAGGAAGAAGAGGAGUGAGGCUUGGCAAUUGGCAACAGGGCAAUAUUUUGUUGAUAUCGAAAAAGUCUGUUGUUUGUUUCCCAUGCAUGUUGGGAUACUCACUUUGUUGUGCGCAUCCGUUAUUUGUUCGUUUAUGCUUUGUUGCUGUACGCAUUCGUUAUUUGUUCAAAAAAUGUCCAAUAAAAAUAAAUGUGUUUCUGGUGCA